GCCAGAUUACCCCCAAGGUGUUGUAGUGACAAACUCUAUGCCUCCAUGGUGGCCACGCUCGUUACGUAGGCUGCUAUGUCGAUUCUAUUUCAUGAGUGUCUGUGACAGAGUAACCUAUGCACGGUGCUCCUACGGCUGUGUAGAGUGUGAACACGUCUUGGUCAGAUCUGCCGAAUUUUGAGGCUGAACAGUUUUACCAAGGAAGGUCUGUCGCACUUUCGUCGGUGAAUAUUGCAGUGAUCGACAUGAACGUUAGCAUCGCAGACAUUUGCCAGAACACGCGCAUGGGACGCGAGUGCGCUCUCUUGGGCAACUACGAGUCGGCCAUCGUGUACUACCAAGGCGUCAUACAGCAGAUACACCGACUUGUGCAGACCACAACUGGAGAUCCCAUGCGCAAGGAGCGCUGGCAGCAGAUUCAGCAAGAGCUGGCCCAGGAAUAUGAGUACAUCAAAGACAUACAGGUGGUGCUCAGUGGAUUCCGCUCGGAGAGCCACUUGGAACGCACUCCCACAAGUCGGAUCAACUAUGAGGAUGACACUGCCCUUGAUCCAGAGGCCUGGUUUACCCCGCGAGAUCCUGAAGUUUGGCCGGCGCCCAACCCAGUGGAGCACAAGCCAGGCCCAUCCGUCCGCCAGGUGAGUCGUGGUCGGAGAACAGAGACGUCACGGACAGCUAGCAACCGGGGCUCGUCUAGUGGCAAGGGCAGCGGAGGCAGUACCAUCAAGCGAGGCACCGAUACGAAAGCCUCUCGGAAGGAGGACAGCAAGCCACGUAGCAAAGACAAGGAUGCUAAAAAGGAUGAACCUGCGGGCAAGGACCCCGAGCAGCAGCAACAGCAGGAGAAGAAGUUUGACUGUGCAGGUUAUGACCAUGAGCUGGUGGAGCUGCUGGAGCGGGACAUUCUGCAGCGGAACCCGAACGUGCGCUGGGAUGACAUUGCUGAUCUGCAUGAGGCCAAGAAGCUGCUCGAGGAGGCUGUUGUACUGCCCAUGUGGAUGCCUGACUUCUUCAAGGGCAUCCGCCGCCCCUGGAAGGGUGUGCUGAUGGUGGGGCCACCAGGCACUGGCAAGACCAUGCUGGCCAAGGCAGUAGCCACAGAGUGCAGCACAACCUUCUUCAAUGUUUCCUCUUCAACGCUCACUUCCAAGUACCGGGGGGAAAGUGAGAAGCUGGUGCGCCUGCUCUUUGAGAUGGCCCGGUUCCAUGCACCAAGUACCAUCUUCGUUGAUGAAAUUGAUUCCCUGUGCUCACGAAGAGGCUCUGACUCAGAGCAUGAGGCCAGCCGGCGUGUAAAAUCGGAGCUGCUUAUCCAGAUGGAUGGCAUCACCAACAACGAGGACCCUGCCAAGGUGGUAAUGGUUUUGGCGGCCACCAACUUUCCCUGGGACAUUGAUGAGGCACUGCGCAGGAGGCUCGAGAAGCGCAUCUACAUUCCUCUGCCCAACAGUGCCGGGAGGGAGGCACUGCUGAGGAUCAACCUGAAGGACGUCGAGGUUUGCCCUGGGCUUGACAUCAACAUCAUUGCAGAGCGGCUCGAAGGCUAUUCCGGUGCUGACAUCACAAACGUCUGCAGGGAUGCCUCAAUGAUGGCUAUGCGAAGGAGAAUACAUGGUCUCACACCGGAGGAGAUUCGCAACCUAGCCAAAGAAGAACUCGAACUUCCCGUUAGUCGAGAAGACUUCGAAGAGGCCAUACACAAGAUCAACAAAUCUGUCAGCCGGGAGGAUCUGGAGAAGUAUGAGAAAUGGAUGUCGGAAUUUGGUUCAACAUAAUUGCCUGCUGACAGCAACUAAAGCCCUUGAUUGAGUUGGUGCCAAGUUUGGACACGCGCUAAGCUUGGCAACCUCUCCACUCAAGUGAUCACCAGUGUGGUUCUCACCCAAGCCUACUUUUUGUCAAGCAUUUUAUACAUGCAGUAGAACCUUGUUAAUAUGUAGUUGGCGGGGAACAUGGAUCAGGUACACACUAAGCAUGUGCUAUUUAAUCAACAAUGUCAGAUGAGCAGCAAUGACCUUGCCGGCAAAAAAGAAAGAAAGGGGAACUACAUCUUGAUUCUCACUGAAACAUACACACAGACAAGUUUUAUUCGUGAGCAGACAGCAAAAUAUAUAGGGUUUUUAAUUGCCGCUAUGGUGGCCUUGCAGCGACGAUGGCAUCCUCAAACUCGACAAGGUUGCGAGCCAGUUUCUGCAUCAAGCCCCGCUUCUUUGCAAAUGCCCUCAAGGCAGUCAACGCACGCGCUUUGUCGAAUAUGGAAGGGCCAUCAUCCACUUCCACGUCAUCCACAAUGACGACUUCUAAAUGCCAGAAGCCAACAGAGCAGCAAACAUGUUAUGGCAACUAUUUUGUGAUGUCACUAUCAGUGGCAACUGCAGUCCGGCUAAAGUCCAUUCACCAUAAUUUCGUUAUGUAUGGUCUGCAUGCACAAAAUUUCGCUGAUUCUGCACUUGUACGUGCUGAAAUAUGUAGUAAAUACUAUGCACUAACCGUUUGGCAUGCGGUAAGCAACUACAGCUUAAGCGGUCAGCCAGUACAUUAGAUUCAACGAUGACAGGGUGGCAAAUUCAUUGUGACUAUAUUUAAACCGAAAUUACUAAUUAAGUGGGUACUUAUUAACAAGGUUUUACUGUACUGUGAAAUUCACUGUUUGCUAGAGCAUCUUAUCGAUCAUUCUUUGGUGACCUGUCAGACAAGGAGUGGUGUCAUGACACUUGCUACAGCAGUGUCAAAGCACUUAAUGCACCUUAACCACCCAACGUCAUUAAAGUGUUAUCACACUCAGUAUAAGCUACAAUGCGCAAGUGCUUUGGCACAUGCUUUCACUUUGUAGCUCAUAUUGAGUGCUAUAAUACCAGACUUUGUCUAAGUCAGAACAAAAGCAGAGCACUGGCAGAGUCUUCUCCUUCAGAACGAACUUCCAUGGCUUCUGUAAUCUUCUAUGUGCACUUGUCCCUGCUACGGCAAAUAAUGAUGCAAUAAUAAAGAAACGGCGAGCACCGACACUUUCCAGAAAGCAGGGACAGGUUGCUGUCGGCUUCCUUGUGGACUAGACCGUCGUUUAUGCAUCUGCUUGUCUAAUCUAAGUAGUUAGUAGUUCCUGCCCCAUGAGAGUGAGAUCCAGCAUGCCAUGCCACACACACAUUGAAUGCACCAAUGGGUGAUGCAUGCUGCAAAGCCUUUUUUGGGUUGGCAAGUUUUCCUGCAUGGCUGUGCUAGCUUCAUGGGCGCAGUCCUGGCAAAGGACUGAAAAGGCCGCAGCAGAAAUUGGCAGUCAUUCUUAUAUACGUGUCAUAUUGCACAGGUUGAAGGUCAGCCAGCGAACUAAUGUUGCAGUUGUCAUGACUGCCCUCGUGAAGCUAGCACACCUAUGUAGGAAAACUUGCCUCCCCAAAAAAGGAUCUGCGACUUGUACCACCAAUCAUCGCAGAUGGUACAUUCAAUAUGCACGCAGCAUGGUUUACCAGAUCCCACUCUCAUGGCGCAGAGACUAAGGGUAGCUGCCUAAACGACCACCUAAGAGAGCACAAUGACAGAACUUUUGUGUCCGCACACAAAAACUAUCAUCAUCAAUGGCUUAUACCCACAUAAGCACUAAUACCCCCGUAUGCAAGCAAAAAAUGCAAUGGCUCAUAGCCCCAUAAGGUAGAUGCUACAAGCACUCAACAAAGUGUAGUGUACAGUGCUUACAUUUUUUGGAAUCACGCAAACGAUAUACAGAACAGCAUGUCGAAAACUGUCAACUACCUCAGAAAAACGUAGUUGAGUAGUGUUGAGCAGGAGUUGUGAUGGGGAGGCAACGCGUGGUUAGGACACUUGAAGAGCAGCUUGCUUAUGAAGUGCAAUGGUGCAAACUUAGACAAGAGUACGAUUGACAGCGCACGGCAAACAUCGCUGAAGAUGGUGCCUGAUAGGCCGAGCUUGAGCAGCAGGCCAGCCGUCGAGACGACUUGUGUCAUGAAUUGGAGAAUGCGGCGAAGGGACACAAAAGUCUCUUUGAUGUCGAAAUGCCAUGUCGAAAGGUUCAUGGCUACUCACUUUGUUUGGGUUAGUUGCGAUUACACUGUCCCUCUGGUUGUUGUCGGUGAUUUCAGUGUGGGUGUGUCGGGACCAAAAAGGGAGUGGUUUACACAUUUUAUAUUGGAGACAUUUCGUUUGCGAUGCCACACUGAUCUGGCCAAACCAACCUGCCAGUGGUAUAAGUGCAUCGAUUUAACAUUGUCAACGAAUAUGUCUGCAGUUGCGAGUAUGCCGAUCAGUGUACAUCAUUAUGACCUUAGUUACUAAGUGAGAAUGAGGGAUGCAAUAAAGCCUUUACCACAAGCUUUCUUACCACAAUGUCUACAGCUCCACUGGUCAUCCACCUUCACAGGGUGGAAUGGCCUUGAAUUUUUGUUCAUUAUUGCACUAUUAUUUGUCGUAAUAGGGACACGUGCACAUAGGAGAUUACAGAAGCAGUGGAAAUCCAUUCUGAAGGAGAAAACAGUCUGUUCUUACUGACUGAAGAACUCUGGUAACUUGCACAUGAACCUUAGCCAUAUUGAUGACAUCGUCAUCUGUUUUCUGCUGAUAACUUGUUAUGUAUUCUGUUAACCUUUCAAUAUAUAUGCGCCGGUUGGAA